AGAAAAAUUAAAAUGGAAGAAAAGGCAACCGACUCCAGGCGGCGAUAGUUGAAACUUGAAUUGAAACCUCAGAGAAAGUGAACGACGACGACGAUGGAGCAACACUGGAAAACGACGUUGAUUUCAGUAUCGUUUUUCACUAUCUUCUCUCUUUCAUGCUUCCAUGGCUAUGGAAUGCCUCGGAUGAUGUUCAACAAGUUAUCUGAAAGUCGUUACUUGACCACUGAGGAGCUCUGGUUCAAUCAGACUCUUGACCACUUCUCUCCUUACGAUCAUCGUCAAUUUAAGCAACGGUAUUAUGAAUUUCUUGACAAUUUUCGAAUACCAGAUGGACCCAUUUUCUUAACACUUUGUGGAGAAGGACCUUGCAAUGGGAUACCUAAAGAUUAUAUUAGCGUUCUGUCAAAGAAGUUUGGAGCAGCAGUGGUAUCACUGGAGCAUCGUUACUAUGGAAAAAGCUCUCCUUUUGAAUCACUUUCCACUGAAAAUUUGAGAUAUCUAUCUUCCAAGCAGGCCCUUUUCGAUUUGGCUAUUUUCCGUCAAAAUUAUCAGGAUUCUUUGAACCAGAAGCUGAAUAGAACAAAUGUUGAAAAUCCAUGGUUUGUAUUUGGGAUUUCAUAUUCUGGAGCUCUUAGUGCAUGGUUUCGUCUCAAAUUUCCUCACUUAACUUGUGGAAGUCUUGCAAGUUCUGCGGUUGUUCUUGCUGUUUAUAACUUCACUGAGUAUGACAAGCAGGUUGGUGUCUCAGCAGGUCCGGAAUGUAAAGUUGUGUUGCAAGAGAUAACUCAGCUUGUUGAACAUAAACUUGCUACACAAGGAAAUUCAGUGAAGGCCUUGUUUGGUGCAGCUGAGCUCGAAAUUGAUGGCGAUUUCUUGUAUUAUCUGGCCGAUGCUGCUGCUUCAGCAUUUCAAUAUGGGAAUCCAGAUGAACUAUGCUCUCCUCUUGUUCAAUCAAAGGAAAAUGGAGAGGAUUUGGUGGUUGCGUAUGCCAAGUAUAUCAAAGAGCAGUUUUCCGACAAUGCUCAAUUGUACAAUCAGGAGUACUUGAAAAACACUACUCUUACUAAAGACAGUUCUAUGCGGUUGUGGUGGUUCCAAGUUUGUACUGAAGUUGCAUAUUUUCAGGUGGCACCUAAAAAUGAUAGCAUCCGGUCCUCCAAAGUAGACACAAGAUAUCAUCUGGACCUUUGCAGGAACCUUUUUGGAGAGGGUGUCUAUCCUGAUGUUGCUGGAACAAACAUUUUCUACGGGGGCACAAAAAUUGGAGGGACACAGAUAAUAUUUACAAAUGGCUCAGAGGAUCCAUGGCGACAUGCAUCAAAACAGACUUCGUCUCCAGAUUUGCCUUCCUACAUUGUCACCUGCCAUAAUUGUGCCCAUGGAACUGACAUGAAAGGAUGUUCCGUUAAUGGUACAAGACCUAUUGAAGGCGAUGCCAAACAAUGCAGCUCUCCUGAUGCAGUUCUGAAAGUGAGGCAAAAGAUCAUAGCUGACAUGGACUUGUGGCUUUCUCAGUGCCUGGACAAUAAAAAGAGUGCCAUGUGAUGUGUUUCUAUUAUAAGAAUAAACAAGUGUAUACUUUGACUAUUCAACUUGCUAUGCUAAAUUAUUAAUGUGUAGAGGUGAAGGCUAUUGCUGCUACUUAUCAUUUAGUUCUAUGUAUAAGGAGAACUCUAUGCUGAAGUUGUUUAGCCCUUCAAGUAAUAUCCAAAUAAUUUUCAUCCUCA